AUGUCUUUCUCUCACACUGGCGAUGUUCCGCCACCUCCGCCCCGGCCGCUUGUCGAAAAGGCUCGAACUCCGGCUCCGGCCCCACCGCCGCCAACCGUGCCCCCGACAGGAUCCCCUGGAGCUUUCUUGGUCGAAUUACUGAUCUUCAAUGGCUCGCCAUUCAAAGAUCACUGGGCAUACUUUGUACGCUCUCGCGCCGAUGAUGAUAUCGGUGUCAAGAUCCACGCGACCGGUGAUGUGCGUAAUGGCUUCAAAUUCGAGGUCAAACGCAGUCAUGACCUCACAAACACCUCAGAUAUCCCUACAAAAAGAGUUUCGCUGCAGUGGGUUGAUGCUCAGCACUUUAAAGAAGACGCGAUGCUCAACUGGGGAGUGGAAGAGAUUGAUGAGAGGCCUGUCUGCGGUUUUGAGGCUAGUGCGUACAAAGCGAAGGCCCCUGGGAAAACUUUGAAUGCAGUUGAAGACAAGGAUACGUCAGCCUCAAGUUGCGGUCCUGAUAUCACCAUGAAAGCCUUGAUUUUAAAAUCAAAGGAUCAAUCCGUUGCUGUACAAGAUAUCCCGGCUCCGGAACCUGGACCAAGAGAAAUUCUCGUCCGCGUCAGAGCAGUUGCGCUCAAUCAUGUAGACGCGCUCUAUAUAAACAAGCCAAUUGCGGCACAAGAGUACCGUGUAGUCGGUAGUGACUUCGCUGGGGAGGUCGCCAGUGUUGGCACAGACAUCCAGAACAUCGAUGAUCCCCGUGUCAAGAUUGGAACACAUGUAGCUGGCUUCGUUCAAGGCGCUUGUUCUGUCAACUCCCGCCCGGGAGCUUUUGCCGAGUACGUCGUCAUUGACUAUGACCUCACAUGGAAUAUUCCCAUCGAGAUGUCGUUCCAAGAAGCUGCUACUGUCAGCUUGUGUGGACUUACAGCCGCGCAAGGUGUCUUCAGCCGACUCGAGCUCCCGGGGCCAUUCACCCAACCCCGAAGUUUCGACCACCUCAGACUCGCCAACGAAGAGCCCGUAAAUGUCUUCAUCUACGGGGCAACAACAUCCUUAGGUCUCUUUGCCGCACAGCUUGUGCGCCUGGCUGAGAAAACUUUCGGCACUCAGAUCCGUCUCAUCGGUGCCGCCAGCAGUGCAAAACACGGCAUGCUGCGCCAAGCCCCUUACUCGUACGACGAGCUAGUUGACUACAGAGAUACUGAAUGGCAAGCAACGGUACGCAAAGUUUGUCGCAUAAGUGGCGGAGUUCAUUACGGCAUAGACGCGGUCUCACAGACUCCGUCUGUCGAACGUGUGCACGAUACGUUGGUCAGCGAGGGAAAGCUGGCGGUGUUCCGAGCACCGGCCCUCGCAGGGUUUGAUCCAUCGAAGCUCAGUAUCAAGCCGGUGACAGGUGCAGUCUGGGAGGGUCUUGGCGUAGAGAUCCAGUUCCAAGGCAUCACAUUCCCAGCCAACCUCGAAGCCCGUGAGUUUGCAACACAGUUCUAUAACUAUCUCGGAUCGGAAGCGUCGUUGGGAAAGGUCAAGUUGCAGGCAAACCCGGUUCGCAUGAUGCGAGGAGGACUAGAGAACAUCGCAUCGGAAGGCAUCCCGCUCUUUGGUCCGAAGCAGGUCAAUGAGCCGCCGAAGGAUCACAUGCGUCCUGUUAGUGGAGAGAAGGUUGUCUAUACCGUUUCUUAG